AUGCAUUGGAAUAAUUCAGCCAACUCCUCAGAAAGUGAUGCUGAAGCUCAUUCUGCCUUUACACAGACUGAGCACAACAUAGUAGCAGCUUACUUAAUAACAGCAGGAGUGAUAAGCAUUUUCAGUAACAUUGUUGUGUUAGGCAUCUUUGUGAAGUACAAAGAGCUUCGGACAGCAACCAAUGCAAUUAUUAUCAACCUGGCUUUCACUGACAUUGGUGUUAGUGGCAUUGGCUACCCCAUGUCUGCUGCUUCAGACCUGCACGGAAGCUGGAAGUUUGGAUAUACUGGAUGCCAGAUCUAUGCUGCCUUAAAUAUAUUUUUUGGGAUGGCGAGUAUUGGUUUGCUCACUGUUGUUGCAGUUGACCGUUACCUGACGAUCUGCAGGCCUGACAUAGGAAGAAGAAUGACUACACGUAACUAUGCUGUUCUAAUCCUGGCUGCAUGGAUCAAUGCAGUCUUUUGGGCGUCCAUGCCUACCGUAGGCUGGGCUGGCUAUGCUCCAGAUCCAACUGGAGCAACUUGCACAGUCAAUUGGAGGAAAAAUGAUAUGUCCUUUGUUUCCUACACAAUGAGUGUAAUUGCUGUUAAUUUUGUUGUACCCUUAACAGUCAUGUUUUACUGUUAUUACAAUGUUUCCCGGACAAUGAAACAAUACACCAGCAGUAACUGCCUGGAGAGCAUCAGCAUGGAUUGGUCUGACCAAGUAGAUGUAACAAAGAUGUCUGUUGUGAUGAUUGUAAUGUUCCUGGUGGCAUGGUCUCCUUAUUCCAUUGUGUGUUUAUGGUCUUCCUUUGGAGAUCCGAAGAAAAUUUCUCCUGCAAUGGCCAUCAUAGCUCCUUUGUUUGCAAAAUCCUCCACAUUCUAUAAUCCCUGCAUUUAUGUAAUUGCAAACAAAAAGUUUCGGAGAGCAAUCUUGGCAAUGGUGCGAUGUCAGACGAGACAAGAAAUAACUAUAAACAGUGCCUUGCCCAUGAGUGUUUCUCAAAGUGCACUGACGUCCUAG